UUGACCAGUCUACUCAGUGUGUAUGGGUGUUUCCCUGUUAAAAUGCACAUCCAGCAUCCAUAUUGAGAGAUUCAAUUUUUGGAUGUCCCAGCUGUCAGGCACGUUGGUGUUCCUUUGGUUUGCCCAGCGACCGGGUCUCUCUGGAGAAUGGCGCCAUUAUGACGUGCAGCGAGCGCUGGUGCUUGAUUAUCGACCCACAGAUGCAGGGGAUUGUUUGGAUCAAGACCAAGGAAGCCGACAACAACCUCCAAGUCACCCGGAUGGGUAGUCCGCGCAUGGUGCAGGUCUUUGAGCAGUCCAUCGAAGCGGGACAUCCAGUCUUGGUGGAGAACAUGCUUGAAACCGUGGAUGCAGUGCUACAACCGGUGAUCGCCCGCAACACCUUGAAGCGCGGCACCAAGCGAGUCCUCAAGCUGGGAGAGAAGGAGAUCGCCUACAACCCGAAUUUCAAACUCUUUAUGCAGACCAAGCUCUCGAAUCCACAUUACCCUCCUGAGAUCCAGGCCGAAUGCACCGUGAUCAACUUCACCGUCACCGAGCAAGGCUUGGAGGAUCAGCUGCUCUUUUUGGUGGUGAAGCUGGAGCGUCCGGAUUUGGCACGCAUCAAAUCUGAACUCAUCCAACAGCAGAACGAGUUCAAGGUGCGCUUGGCAGAUUUGGAAGCCUAUCUCUUAGAGAAGCUGGCGGGAGCUGAUAGCGACAUCCUGGAGGACACCGAGCUGGUCUUUGGCUUGGAGGAUGCCAAGUUCACCUCCGAGGAAGUGAAAGAGAAGGUGAAAGUGGCACAAGAAACCGAAGGGAAGAUCAAUUUGAUCUCCCAGAACUACGGUCCCGUGGCCAAUCGCGGCGCCUUGCUUUUCUUCCUCAUGAUGGAGCUCAGCAAGAUGCACACCUUCUACAAGUACUCUUUGGAUGCUUUUGUGCAGGUGGUCACGCGGGCGGUGAACCAAGUCUCUUUGCGACAGGUCAAGGAGAAGAAGACGGAGACCCUGGGCAUCACCAGUGCGCUGAAAGACAUGGACGAGCGUGAGGAGCGGCGCGAGUCCGCUGCGCAGCUCACGACGCCGGAGCUCCAAGGCAGCGACGUCUUUGAAGGCGACCAUGUGGAAGAGGACGACGAGGUGGAGGAGAUUGUGGAGCUUUCAGGUCAAGCCUUGACAGAUCGGGUGAAGCAGCUGGAAGGAGUGGUGACCUUUGCCAUCUAUUCCUAUCUUCGUCGUGGUCUACUCGAUGCAGACAAGCUGACCGUGGCCUCCAUGUUGGCUCUCAAGAUCUUGGUCCGAUCAGGAACUGUGCAGCUCGAGGAUCUGAAUCUGUUGAUCCGAGCUCCGGUGGACCCCAAUCCCCCGCCCAUGCCGGAUACCACGCGCAGUUGGCUGAAUGAACAUCAAUGGGCACAACUCAAAGCCCUGGAGGUUCUUCCAGUCUUCAAGACCGGAUCUCACUCCUUAACCAACACCUUGGAGCAGGACUCCUUGGGAUGGAAACGAUGGUUCGCGGAAGAACGGGCAGAGUCCUCGGACCUUCCCCGCGAGUGUCGGGAGUUGUCUUCCUUCCAUCGACUCUUCUUGCUUCGAGUGCUCCGGCCCGACCGCAUCGGGGCGGCCCUCACACAGUUCGUCCAGGACCAUUUGGGACACGAGUUCAUUGAGCAAUUGCCCUUCGACAUGAUGCAGACGUAUGAAGAGUCGACCUGCCUCACUCCGAUCUUCUUCGUGCUGUUCCCAGGCACCGAUCCGACCAGCACCAUUGAGGCGACGGCGCAUUCGUUGGGCUUAAGCUUUGGCAACGGCAUGCUGCACAACAUCUCGAUGGGACAGGGCCAGGAGAUGGUUGCCAUCAAUGCUGUGACCAAGGCAGCAAGAGAUGGCCAUUGGGUGGUCCUUCAGAACAUCCACUUGAUGCAGGAGUGGCUGAAGUCCUUGGAACGGGUGCUGGAGACCAUCGAAGAGUAUGCCCAUCCAGAUUUCAGGUGCAUUUUGACCUCCGAGCCGCCGAGCGUCUUACAAGGACCACUGUGGCCGAUGGUGCCGGAAGCCAUCUUGCAGAAGUGCAUCAAGAUCGCGGACGAGGCGCCAACGGAUCUGAAGUCGAACCUGCGACGGGCCUACGCCAAGUUCUCCCAGGAACACAUCGAGGCCUGUCAGAAGCCUAAGGAGUUCAAGGCCACCCUCUUCGCGCUUUGCUUCUUCCAUUCCUUGGUCUUGGGCCGUGUGAAGUUUGGGCCACAAGGAUGGUCCAAGAAGUACCCUUUCAACGACGGCGACCUGACGAUUUGUGCGCAGGUGCUGUGCAACUACCUCAACAACGCGGAGAGGUUGGAAACGGAAGUUCCCUGGCCCGACCUCCGGUACAUCUUCGGCGAGAUCAUGUAUGGGGGCCAUAUCACGGAUCAGUGGGACAGGCGAGUGUGCAACACGUAUUUGCUGACCCUGGUGUUGCCCGAGCUGCUGACCAACAUGUCCUUGGCCCCGGGCUUCAAAUCGCCUGAUGCUUCCAAGCUGGAGUACAGCUCCUACCAAAAGUUUAUCGAAGAGCGCUUUCCUCCGGAGAUGCCGCAACUCUUUGGCUUGCAUCCCAACGCCGAGAUCGGGUUCUUGACCAGCCAGGGGAUCAACAUCUUCAAGACCGUCCAGAUGGUGUCCGGUGCAGACACUGCCGCGGCCGCCAUGGAUUUGGUUGCUUGUACUCCCCACAUCGCCAAGUACAAGGACGAUUUGCCCCAAGAUCUGGACAUGGCAGAGAUCCGCGGAAGGCUGCGAGAAGAGGAUUACACGCCAUAUGUCAUUACAUCCUUGCAGGAGAGCGAUCGGAUGAAUCUGCUGGUGGGCCACAUGCGUUUGCAACUCACAGAGUUGGAGCUGGGCAUCAGUGGUGCGUUGAACAUCACCGAGGGUAUGGAGAAUUUGUCCAGUUCCUUGCAGCUCAAUCGCGUAAACGACUCCUGGAGAGCUUUGGCAUAUCCAUCACUGAAGCCUUUGGGUGCUUGGUUCCAGGACCUCUUGAGUCGCAUGCAGCAGUUGGUGGAGUGGACCAACGACCGGAACGGCGUGCUGAAAUCGACCUGGAUCCCGGGACUCUUCAAUCCGAUGGCCUUCUUAACGGCGGUGAUGCAAGUCACGGCGCGCAACAAGCAGCUUCCACUGGACUACAUGACGAAUCGAGCCACCUUCCUGAAUUUGAUGGACCCCAGCGAUGUGGUGAGCUUGCCCACGAAUGGCGUACACAUUCAUGGGCUUUUCCUGGAGGGCGCGAGCUGGGAGGAGGGCAAAGGAGAUGACGAAGGCUACAUCUCUGACUCCAAGAUGAAGGAGCUUCAUCCUGAGAUGCCCGUGGCCAACAUUUACUCAGUACACAUCGAUGAAAUGAGCUGGGAGAACAUGUACCACUGCCCAGUCUUCAUCACCUCAGAACGCGGGCCGACCUUUGUUACGCAGGUGAAUGUGAGAAUGGAUCCAGAUGAUGAAGAGUUGAGGUGGAUUCUAGCGGGAGCUGCUUUAGUGAUGACCGACGACUGAGGGAGGGGAUGCUUCGCUGGUACCUGUGGAGAACAACGGAGCUAGCUGCAGCUGUCAC